UGUAAAGAUGUCUGAGCAGGCGGGGAGGGAGCGGAGCGGAGGACCCGAAACAAGCGGACAGAACCCGCGACUCUCCGCAACUUAACCGGUCAAGGUCGAUGUCAUUCUGACGAGCAGCUGAGAUGUCCAGUGACAGCCAGGUGAAGGGGGAGGCGGCCAUGAUGCCGUCUCCCUCUGUCCCUACUUCCUCUCAAGGACCGCCCCUUUCUCCAUCCACCACCUCCAAACCACCUGAACUCCCAGAUGAGCUGGUCCAGGCUGGAUGGUCUAAGUGCUGGUCUCGGAGGGAGAACCGACCGUAUUAUUUCAACAGAUUCACCAAUCAGAGCCUGUGGGAGGUGCCAGUGCUGGGUCAGCAUGAUGUCAUCUCUGAUCCUUUAGGUCUGAACGCAGCUCCAGCAGAGGGCGGAGACAGUAACCUUGGUAACGGCCAGAGGAAGAGGAGGAGCUCUGAGGAGCAAGGGGCGGGGCCUAACAGCAUCAAACGAGCUAAGGUGGAGCCCACCACGCCCAUCUCUCCCAGCACCCCUGGGGUGAAACCCUGGAACGCCGCCCCUGAAGACAAACAGGCCCAAUCUGCCAUGCCCACAACACCAAGCCCCGCCCCCGCCCCCUACAGGCCAGCUGUUAUCUACUGGGAUCUGGACGUGCAGACAAACGCCGUGAUCAGAGAGCGAGCAGCGGCCAACCACCUGCCCCCCCACCCUGAGAUCGAGCUGCAGCGGGCUCAGCUGGUCACCAAGCUCAGGCAGCACUACCACGAGCUGUGCCACCAGAGAGAAGGUAUUGAUCCGCCCCGGGAGUCCUUCAACCGUUGGCUGCUGGAGAGGAAGGUGGUGGACAAAGGUCAUGACCCCUUACUGCCGAGUGACUGUGACCCGGUCAUCUCGCCGUCCAUGUUCAGAGAGGUCAUGAACGACAUUCCCAUCAGGUUGUCCCGGAUCAAGUACAAAGAGGAGGCCCGUAAGCUGCUGUUUAAAUACGCUGAAGCCGCCAAGAAGAUGAUUGACUCCAGGAACGCAAGUCCAGAGAGCAGGAAGGUGGUGAAGUGGAACGCUGAAGACACGAUGAGCUGGCUGCGCCGAGAUCACUCCGCCAGCAAGGAGGACUACAUGGACCGCCUGGAGCACCUGAGACAGCAGUGCGGUCCUCACGUCACCGCCGUCGCCAAAGACUCUGUGGAGGGCAUCUGCUCCAAGAUUUACCAGCUGUCUGCAGAGUACAGCCGCCGCCUGAGACAGACGCACCUGAGCCUGCUGCAGGACCCCCCCACAGAGGCGUGUGCGUCCCCCCAGCCGUCCCGGUUGGUCUACUGUUACCCGGUGCGUCUGGCGCUCCCCUCGCCCCCCCUCCCUCGAGUCGAGCUGCACUUUGAGAACGACGUGGCCUGCCUGCGCUUCAGAGGAGAGAUGGUCAAGGUCAACAGAGGCCACUUCAGCAAACUGGAGUUGCUGUACAGGUACAGCUGUAUAGACGAUCCUCGCUUUGAGAAGUUCCUGUCCAGAGUCUGGUGCCUCCUGAAGCGGUACCAGGUGAUGUUUGGCAGCGGGACUAAUGAGGGGACGGGCCUGCAGGGGGCGCUGCCGGUGCCGGUGUUCGAGACGUUGAACCGACAGUUUGGAGUUUCCUUCGAGUGUUUCGCUUCGCCGCUCAACUGCUACUUCAAACAGUUCAGCUCCGCCUUCCCCGACACCGACGGCUUCUUUGGAUCCAGAGGGCCGUUCCUGUCUUUCUGUCCGGUCAGCGGCUCGUUUGAAGCCAACCCUCCGUUCUGUGAAGAGCUGAUGGACGCCAUGGUGACGCACUUCGAGGAGCUGUUGGAUCAGUCCUCUGAACCUCUGUCCUUCAUCGUCUUCGUCCCUGAGUGGCGUGACCCUGUAACCCCGGCUCUGACUCGCAUGGAGGCGAGUCGAUUCCUCCGUCACCAGCUGAGCGUCCCGGCAUACGAACACGAGUACCGCUCUGGGAGUCAACACCUCUGCAAGAGAGAUGAGAUGUACUACCGGGCAGUACACGGUACUGCAGUACUCUUCCUGCAGAACGAUGCUGGUUUUGCAAAGUGGGGUCCGACUCCGGAGCGCUUGGCCGAACUGACGGCAGCGUACCGCCCUUCCCCCUCACGCCCCUCCUCCCUGUCCUCUCCUGGCCCCGCCCAAAUCGCUCCUGCAGACAAAGACUCCGCCCCUAAACCCUCCGAUAGGCCGCAGAGCGAUGUGAUGUCACCCAGUGGCCAUGACGACAACAACAACAACAACAACAACAGCAGCAGCAGUAGUAGCAGCAGUAGCAGUCCUCUGGACAAGAUGGCCGCCAUGUAGAGGGGGUGGGGCUUCGAGUGACCCUUCACCUGUUUAAAGUUUUUCUGUGUUACAGCGUUAGUUUGUCCUGAUCGUGUUCAGAUUGUCCCUCACCAGCACCUGUAGCACACCCACAGUUUCUUACCCACAAUACCGUUCUGGGGCCAGAGCGUCCUUUCUGUUGGCUUCCCCUGCGUCCUCUGUCUGGUUCGUCCCCCCUCGCAUCAGCUCAUCUGGAGCUUUUCUUUCACCUGCAGCUGAUUCACGUCCAGGUGUGGCUGCUCCUGUUGCUUAGCAACAAGCACCGCAGCCAAUCAGAGUUGUAGUUAAUCAGCGAGCAGCAGCGUGUCAGAGCUCCAGCAAUAAAAACCUUUCAUUCACCUGUGAUGUCAUCUGUGAUGUCACUGGAGGACUUGUGAUUGGUCCCCACACCGACAGGGCCUGGUGAUUGGUCGACAAGGCAGCUAUCGUUUCUAUUGGACAGAAUCCAGCGGCGUCCCGCUUCAGGCCCCGCCACCCUGGGUCAGCCUGGCCAAUCAGAGGAUGCCUGCUUGUGCACGGAGCAUUCAGCGGGCAGGAAGAGGCGGAGCCUUCGUCAUGAGUUCAUAUUUUCUCGUGGAAGGAGGCGGAGUCAGAAGUGGGAGUGGUCAGCGAGGACAGACGACUCCUCAAACUUCCUGUGGUGGUGUUGUCAAACAGGAAGUUUGAUCAGAGACGUGACGGACAUGUGACCUUAAAGCUGCAUGGAGCUAUGAAGUGUGACGAGUUCCUUCAGGGUUCCUGCAGAACGUUUUUCUCUUUUUCUUUAACACUUUAAUCUCAAACUCUUUUUGUGUUAGAAAAGAAAAACUCGAUGAAACUCGUCACACUUCCUGACUCGGCGGCGGCUGGCUGUCUGCGCUCUGAUUGGCUGCCGUCUGUCCCGUGUGACCUCAGCAGCUGUGUAGAUACUGUACAGUUAAAGUCUGUUGAUGUGAUUUUUCUCGUCUGCUGUUUUUUAUUUGAUUUAAUUUAACAUUUUUAAAGUGUCGGAUAGUUUUAACUAAACCAAAGUGUUACCAGAGAAUUUAUCCUGUAAAGUUAGACGUGUCCAACCAGCAGCAUCCUCACCUGGUUUUUAUACCUCCUGGUUCUGUACGUGGGUCCUGGUUUCUGUCGUGCAUGAGGUGGGUUUGGGUCUACAUGAUGUUCCUGCCACGUUUUCAUUUAAAGAUUUCCUAAAGGAGCUGUCCAACAUGUGAUGGAGCAAAGCUAGCAGUUUCCCUGUGCUUCCAGUGUUUGUGCUAAGCUAGGCUAAUGUUGGACUGUUCCUUUAAGUCCCCGGUGUUCAGUGAAACGACGUCACGCAGACCGAAGGAAGCUCGUCCGAGAGAUUUAAUAUCUGUCUGAUCAGAAGAAAGUAUUAUUUAUAUCAAACUGUAGUUUCUCAUUUUAAGUCCCAAAUAAACUUCUUGUAAAUGUGAGAAAUUAUUUUUCUCACAUUGAUGAAACAAACGUUGACAUUUCUAAAUUUUAAUUUAGAAUUUGCAAGUACAGUCAUCUCAAAAUGAAAUAAGUUAUUACACUGCCGGUCCAAAGGUUUUAGAGCUGCCUCCAUGUUUGUAGUUCUUCUGUAAAUCUUAAGUAGUUCAAGUCCAGUGAACAACCUGAAAUGGUACCAAAGUUAAAAACGUUUUCAGUUCAAAUAUUAACAAUUAAAUCAAGGAGUUUUGUUUUUCACUGGGGGGUGUGUGUGUGUGUGUGUGUGUGUGUGUGUGUGUGUGUGUGUGUGUGUGUGUGUACAUUUCAGGUUUUUUACUGGACCUGAACUACUUAGAUUUACAGAAGAACUACAAACAUGGCGGAGCUCUAAACCCUUCUGACCUGCAGAGCAGAUAUUAUUACAGAAGACACGUGACGCCUUUUUAUUCUUUAAAUCUAAAGAACUUGAGUUUCCUUCAGGGUCGGUGAAGCCAACAGUGAAACUUCAGCUGUAUAAAAGCUUGUGGUUGUGAAGGCGUUCGGUGACGCAGAGCGGUGAGGACCCUGCAGAGUGUAAAUACAGGUGUCCUUCAUCCUGCCUGCAGACAAACUGCAGCAGCUUCCCGGUACACAUAUAUCCAGCCCGGUUCCUCUUCCUGACCCGUGGCGUUCUGACGGGCCAAGCGGGUUUCGGAACCUGAAUUAAUUUAAACUCACCUGAACAUGAAGCAGCUCAAGAACAUUCAACAGAUAUAUAAAUACAACCUGUGAAAAUAUAAAUAAAAGACUUAAAACAAA